CCUGCCCCACCCCCUGGCGUCGGCACCGCGGGCCAUCUGGGGCCGCUGCCCCUGGCUGCGCCCUCCCCGCCGGCCAGGCCCUGGAGAGAUCCGGGAGCUGCCGCCGGCAUCAGCCCAUGGCCCGGAGGUACGAUGAGCUGCCCCACUACGCCAGCAUCGUGGACAGCACCGCAGCCCUGGCGGGCUUCUCGGAGGCAGUGCCCUCAGCAACAAGAGCCCCGGGGCCCUAUGGCCCCCACCGGCCCCCCAGCCUCCCCUCGGGCUUGGACAGUGAUGGCCUGAGGAGAGAGAAGGAUGAGAUCUAUGGACACCCGCUCUUCCCGCUGCUGGCCCUGGUCUUUGAGAAAUGUGAACUGGCCACAUGCUCGCCCCGGGAUGGGGCUGGGACUGGGCUGGGCACACCCCCGGGCGGUGACGUAUGCUCCUCUGACUCCUUCAAUGAGGACAUUGCAGCCUUUGCCAAACAGGUCCGCUCCGAGAGACCCCUCUUCUCCUCCAAUCCAGAGCUGGACAAUCUGAUGAUACAGGCCAUUCAAGUGCUCCGCUUCCACCUGCUGGAGCUGGAGAAGGUCCACGACCUGUGCGACAACUUCUGUCACCGCUACAUCACCUGCCUCAAGGGAAAGAUGCCCAUCGACCUGGUCAUCGAGGACCGGGACGGCGGCUGCAGGGAGGAUCUCGACGACUACCCGGCCUCCUGCCCCAGCCUCCCAGACCAGAAUAAUACAUGGAUUAGAGACCACGAAGACAGCGGGUCUGUACAUUUGGGGACCCCAGGUCCAUCCAGCGGGGGCCUGGCCUCCCAGAGUGGGGACAACGCCAGCGACCAAGGGGACGGACUAGACACAAGCGUGGCCUCUCCCAGUUCUGGGGGAGAAGACGAGGAGCUGGACCAGGAGCGGCGGCGGAACAAGAAGAGAGGGAUCUUCCCCAAGGUGGCCACCAACAUCAUGAGGGCGUGGUUGUUCCAGCACCUCUCGCACCCGUACCCCUCGGAGGAGCAGAAGAAACAGCUCGCCCAGGACACAGGGCUCACUAUCCUGCAAGUCAACAACUGGUUCAUUAACGCCCGGAGACGCAUCGUGCAGCCCAUGAUCGAUCAAUCCAACCGCACAGGUACAGGGAGAAGCUUCAGUCCAGAGAGCCAGCCCAUGGGGGGCUACACGGAGACUCUACCACAUGGGACUGUCAGGCCUCCAGGAUCAAUGGGCAUGAGUUUGAACUUAGACGGAGAGUGGCAUUAUCCGUAGAGGCCGGAUUCAGGAGAAGCACCCCAAGCUCUGGACUGUGACCAGCAGGCUCAUACCUGCUCCCUCGACGCCUGGCCCUCUGGCUUCAGGACCCCACCUCCUACGCACCCCCCCAACUCAACGCCUACCUCCCUGGGGCCCUGCCUGGACGUGAGGGGCCUGAGUGCCCCCUGGAGGGUCUCUCAAGGACAAAGACAAGGCCUCCAGGCCCUGCACCACCCCCCCUUUUGCUCUAAGCUCUGCCCAGAACCCAAGCUGACACCCAGACUGGGUCUUCAGAAGAUGGGGGCUGGGGCUCCCCAGCCCCCCAGGGCAGAAAAGGGGUUGGGGGUGGGCUGGGGCCGUCAGGGAAGGAGGGUUAUCUGGAUCCGACACUGGGGGAGGUUCCCUUCAUCCUCCUGGGCCACCCCCUCCCCUCCCCCACUUCCCUUCUUUCUUGUCUUCUACCUUUUUUUAAUGAUAAAGUCUUAAAAACGCCACCAA